GCUCCACCUCGACGCUGUCAUUCUCGGCUGCGCCGGGGCCGGUGCAGACUGCGCUUUCUUCCCUCCUCUCUCCCUCCCUCCUCUCUCCCUCCCUCCUCUCGUCCUCCGCGGCCGGCCGGCAAGCUCAAGAUGUGACCAAGCUUGGGAGCGGGCUGGUGGCUCUGCGGCAGCGGCGCCUGUGCUUCUGUCUGGCCGCGUCCCCCGCGGAACCGCGAUUCGCUCGGAGCGGGAGACACGCACCAGGGACUCGGAGCGCGCCCUCCGGGCCCGGUGAAGCCGCCGCCGCCGCCGCCGCCGCCGCCGCCGCAGCCCCCGAGGCACCGCGGAGCUGAGGCGGCUGGUGCAGAGCCGGGCCACCGGCCGCGCGCAGCCGAGCGCGGUCCCCAAGAAGGCGCCUUGUCUGUUGCGUCCCAGCGAGUUGACUGCAGUUUCUGAAGUUGCAGGGAGCUGUGUGGAGGAGAGGCCAAGAAGGAAGAGAGAACUCUUACCACCACAUUUCAGAGGGAUGACAUUGCCAGAAUUGUGAAUAGUUAUUUGGACAAAGUUUUCUCCAAGGCAGACCACGGACGGACGCAGCCCUCACCCAGUGACACCAGCUCUGAAGGACUGAGCUACUUACCAACCCAGUGACACCUCCUUUUCCCACCAUGGGACCUUCUGGGAGCCUGCUCGGCAGUGAGCACAUGCAGCUUGUCCUUUUGGGAAGUUUGGCAGCUGCCACCACUUUCUUCCUCAUCACCUUCCUCAUCUUCCUGUGCUCCAGCUGUAACAGAGAAAAGAAGCCAAGACAGUACAGCGGAGACCAUGAGAACCUGAUGAACGUGCCUUCGGACAAGGAAGUGACCAGCCGUUCAGUGACCAGUCUGGCCACAGAUGUCCCUGCCAGCAGUGAGCAGAAUGGGGCACUCACCAAUGGGGAUAUUGUCUCAGAAGACAGCACUGUGACCUGCAUGCAACAUUAUGAGGAGGUCCAGACCUCAGCUUCCGACCUGUUGGACUCCCAGGACAGUACAGGGAAGCCCAAGUGUCACCAGAGCCGGGAACUACCCAGAAUUCCUCCUGACAGCACAGUGGGCACGAUGGCCAGUGUGAGGAGCAUGGAUGGGGACCCAGGGGUGGGGACAGAAGGGCCAUAUGAAGUGCUCAAGGACAGCUCAUCCCAGGAGAACAUGGUGGAGGACUGCUUGUAUGAAACCGUGAAGGAAAUCAAGGAAGUAGCUGCAGCUGACCCCGCGGGCAAAGGCCCCAGUGGGCAGUUCAAGGUGACCCCUGCUUUGAGGGAGCUCCCUGCCGAAGGCCGAGCCGACUUUGCUGAAUAUGCCUCUGUGGACAGGAACAAAAAGUGUCGACAAAGCGUGAAUGCAGACAAUGUUCUGGAACCUUCCCAUGAUCUAGAGGAGGAGGCCCCACCGCCCGUCCCCAUUAAACUUCUGGAUGAGAAUGAGAAUCUUCGAGAGAAGGAAGACAGAAAGGCAGGAGAAGAAAGCACCCCAGAAGAGACCAGUGACACCAACAAGAGAUUUAGUUCAUACAAGUCCCGCGAAGAAGACCCUACUCUCACAGAAGAAGAGAUCUCGGCCAUGUAUUCAUCUGUAAAUAAACCUGGACAACAUGGGAAUAAAUCAGGACAGUCACUUAAAGUAUCAGAGUCCAGCUUAGGAGCUGCUCAAAGGCCCCUGUCUUCCUGUAAUGAUCUCUAUGCAACUGUUAAAGACUUUGAGAAAACACCCAACAGCAUCAGCACACUCCCACCGGCCGGGAGACCCCAGGAGGAGCCCGAGCCUGACUACGAGGCAAUCCAGACUCUGAGCAGAGAGGAUGAAAAGGCCACCCUGGAGACCAGUGGUCGCCAUGGCCCCUUCCCAAAGGAGAAUGACUACGAGAGCAUUGGGGACUUGCAGCAAUGCAGAGAUGUCACCAGGCUCUAGAAGCUCAGAAGACAGUCCCUGACAGCCUAGGACCAGCUGGUCAGGGACAAGAAGACAAGGAGCAGCAUCCCUUCUACUUUACACUCUACUUUGGUGACUGAGGACAGUGAAGCUGUCCGGACAGUUCAUGAACAGGAAGGUGCACACCUGGCUGCCGGGCACUGCCACACCCAAGCACAUGUCCUCAUGUCCCCAUGUCCUCAGGACAGAUCCUGGCUAUCAGUGGAGGCACCACGACUCCACCCAGCUAAAUACUGCCAUUCCGAAGAGCCAGGUUUCCUUCCUUCCUUCUUUUGUUGCUGUCUGCUAUUUUUCCCCUUGAAAUCUCCCCAUUUCUACUGGUUCAUUCUGGGUAAAUUCACCCACAGGGCUUGGCCUUUGCCUUCAAUAUAGGUGUUUUCAGAUGGUAAGAAACCAUGGUUGCUGGUACUGGCAGAUCCCCCCUCAAGGGUCUUGAGUCUUCAUGCCUUCUGAUACAGACACUCCACAUCAGCAGCUUCUUCCAAAGGACUUGAAGUCAUUUUUAGAUGCUUUAUUUUAUUUUUCUAGUCAAAACAAUUUUCCUCCCAGUAUUUGAAACUUCAGAACCUUUGAAGUAUUUGUGGUGAACGCUGUGGUACUUCUGUACUUGUUUUAGCCCAGGGCCCACUCCUCCGAAACAGAGAGCCUUAAUGUCCAUGUUGGGACGCAGACAUCACGUCUGGGCAGCCCAUGAUGGCCGCCUCUGACGGGCUGUGGAUUAGACUGUGUUUCUGAUGAUCUGUGAGGCCACACCAGCAGCAUGAGUUCCAUAAGUUAAGUGCUGCCCUAUGGUAAUCUAGCUUAGAUUAAAAUAUAAACAUCUAUUUUUGUUAUAUAAAUUUAUAAGAUGUUUUAUGUUUAAUGCCUAAUUUCUAGAAAGCACCAGAAAAAAUGUAUAUUAACUACUUUGAUUUUAUGUACAAUGAUUUAUACUUUCAUUUUGAAAAGACACCACAAAGCACAUAAACUAGGUAGUUACAAGUAUUCAUUAUCAUUUUUCUAAGCAAGUGUUUAAAACAUUGAAGGUUUUUAAAGACUCAGACUUGUCAGACGGUACUUGGAGCUCUUGAUCAAAAUCAUCUAGCUCCCAGAGAAAUCAGUGGAAUAAUCAUAAAUGGUAGUUUUCACUGGUUUGUGAUGGGAAAUAUUGAAAAAUUUGAAGUGGUAAAAAUGGAAAGAACAAAAUAUAACUAAGGGUGACUGUGAAUUAUUCAUAAAGGUAAAACUCUUAAGGUUUGGUUACAUUUUGAAGAAAACAAUGAUGAAUUCUGUAGUCCAGUACUUGCAAAUGCAAAUCGUGUAUUGGAAUUUUUUUUCCCCUUCAUUUUACAAAAAUCAGUGUUUGUAGUAACUCAGAGUGAAUAUGAGCCUGGUUUGAAUUUAAUCAUCUCUUUAGAUUUUAUAAGGCCAACUUUGGGAAGGUUAUUCACUUUUCAUUUUAAAAGGAACCUGGUCAUUAUGCAGUAUGGGCUACAGCAAGGGAGCUGUCCUGCACUGUUACAGGGAAAACAGAGAGACGAGCAAUUAUUCUACACUGCUGGGACACCUGUGACUUUUCAGAUUGCAUCAUCUUGCUAUUGUCACUCAUUAUGACAAAGAAUGCAAUUGGGAGGGGGAAGCAUUUGAAAAGUGUAGGGACCAGCUCACUUACACUCAGCAAGGUGUUGUCCGUUCCUCGCAAUCACAGCUUGAUUUGUGACUGCUCUGUAAUACGUUUCUGACAUCAUAAAAUGAGCUCUCUUCAGGCAAACUAGUUGUCAUUUUUCAAUCAGCCUGGUCGCUCACUUCAGGACUCCAUGCACAUGAGCACAGUCACCAUUGAUUAGAAGAUAAUGGCAGAAUUCCCUUAGAUUAGGGAGUUAUCUGGAUGGUGCAAGACCCUUGCCCUCAGAAUUUACAUCCUACGUAAGCACUGUUUUGCCUGGUGCUUUUCGCUGCUUAGUAUUAAUGAGUUUGACCCAGCUGCCUCUGUGUCAUGGUGUUCUUUCAGUGUGUGGUGUUAGCCCUGUCCUGGGUCCUCCUAGCACUAUGCCUGCAGCAUCAUGUCCUUCAUGAGCACCUUGACUGCUCAAAACUUUAUUGUAUUUCAUGAUGUCUUAUUUAUUGCUAGGGAAGUGAGUAUCCUCUCUAAAGUGUAAAGCCAUCUAAAGACAGAAGCUCUUUAUAAAUAAUAAUGUCCUCUUGAAAUCCCAUUAUCAGAGUUUCCCCUCAGAAGUGUUGAAAUGCAGGUUGUGCAGUAUAGCCAGAAAAUUUUUAAAAAUCAGUUUUGACAUCCAACAUCUGUAUUAUACAUUCCAUUAUAAUAACUUAGGUUAGUGAAAUUAUACAAAAGGAUAAAAAUAAGCUUUAGGAAAUAUUUUUUUUAUCUUAUAAAUCAGAAUUAUAAACUUACCUUGCCUAAAAGAAGGAUCUUGGUCUUUGUUCAAAUAUUUUUAAAGCUUAGGAGAAUUUUUUCUGCUGCUUUUACUAUUUUCCAAAUAUAGUCAGCAGGAAAGUAUAAUCUGUUUCAUGUGAAAUGUUUGAGGAAAUUUUAAAUUUGAAAAAAAGUAAUUUUUGUAGAGUAAUUUUCAUUCCUGCCCUGCACUAAAUUACAUCAUUAGUUCUAGGAAAGCUUUUGAAGCUCUCCUUUUUGGGAAAAAGGCAAAUUACUGAUUUAUUUACCCUCAAAAUUCAAGCAUUAAUUCAAAUUGAGAGCUAAUUAACAGUAGGUAGGCAACAUCAGGAAAUAACACUUAACCUUGGCAUGUCACUGUCUUUGUUUCUCAUAUUGUAUCUUCAUUUUUCUAAUUAGAGCAUUUACUCACUUUAACCAAUAACAAAACUAUACACACACACACACACACACACACACAUGUGUAUGUAUAUGUAUAUAUACACACACAUGCACACACAUAUACACAUAGAUA